CCGGGACAGGAGAGCGAACGGACGGCUCUUCUGCGGGAAGUAAACGCGCAUCCAGGGCUUUAUUUCCCAUUUUCUCAUCCCUUGUCCCUCUUUUCUUUCUCGGCUUUCCCUCCUGCUGAGAUGAGGAGAUAAUCAACUGAGGAUCAGCUGCUCACAAAGUUUUGAAGUUGGAAAGAGUUCGGACAGGAGAAGAGGAAGAUGCUGGGGUUAGAGGUCAUCGUGCUCUGUCUUCUUUUUGGAGCCCUGACUCAUGGACAGACAACAGAGUGUGGCAAGAAGAAUGAAUGCGCCAUAGACGUGUACUUCACCAUAGACACAUCUGAGACCAUUGCCCUGCAGGAGCCACCUGCUGGAGCGUUGGUGAAGAGCAUCAAGACCUUCACUGAGCAGUUUGCAGAUCGUUUAGAAGAUGCUGACUACAGAGGUGCUAUACAGAUCAAGUGGAAGAUCGGUGGACUGCACUUCUCCCAGAGAAGGGAAGUUUUCAGCACCAUCGGAUCAAAGACUGAUUUCAUCAAUGGUCUCAGAAAUAUCAAUUACCUGGGUAAGGGCACCUACAUCGACUGCGCCAUCACCAACAUGACUCAUGAAAUGCUGCGCUCGCCUUCAGACCCCAAGGUCCUCCGAUUUGCAGUGGUCAUCACCGAUGGCCACGUCACUGGAAACCCAUGCGGGGGUAUCAAAGUGGCAGCAGAAAAGGCACGCGACGAGGGCAUCCGCAUUUUUGUUGUGGCAGCAUCCAAGAACGUUGAUGAGACGGGGCUGAGGGAGAUCGCCAACUCUCCAGCGACAGUCUACAGGAGGGACUUCAUGGCUGUGGAUCUGAGCCAGGGCAGAGCCGACAUACAUCUCGAAACAAUUAACCGUAUCAUCAAGACCAUGGAACAUCUGGCAUAUACGGAGUGUUACAGUGUGUCCUGUCUGGAAACACAAGGGCCUCCCGGUCCAAAAGGUCACAGAGGACAAAAAGGAGCUAAAGGAGACAAUGGCGAUCCAGGCCUGAAAGGAGAAAGAGGUCGCCCAGGAGACCCUGGUAUUGAGGGUCCCAUCGGUCAGCCUGGUGUCAAAGGAGAACCGGGUCUUAAAGGCGAGAAGGGAGAGAUUGGAACUCAAGGAAAAAAGGGUGUGUUUGGUAUCCCAGGACGCAAUGGGACAGAUGGACAGAAGGGUAAAAUUGGACGGAUCGGUGCUCCUGGCUGCAAAGGAGACCCAGGCGACAGAGGUCCCGAUGGUCACCCUGGAGACGUUGGUGAACGUGGUCUCCCUGGAUCUGAGGGACAAAAGGGAGAUCCAGGACGCUCUGGAAAAUCCGGUCCCCCUGGCCCAUCUGGAGAGCCUGGACCAAAGGGAGAGAGUGGAAGUCCCGGAUCACCUGGCCUCCCUGGAGAAAAAGGAACCCCAGGAACCUCAGGACGUCCAGGAGCCAGAGGAGAGCCAGGGAGAAGAGGAGACUAUGGACCAAAGGGUGGUCAAGGGCCAGAUGGAGUUAAGGGAGAAAAGGGUGAAAUGGGGCCAGAGGGCGCGAGAGGACUUCCAGGUGAAUCAGGAAACAAAGGAACAAAGGGAGACAAUGGUAUGCCAGGCCCCAGAGGACCACCAGGGGCACCAGGAGAGCUUGGGAAAAAUGGUACCAGAGGUGACCCUGGUGAUGCUGGGCCAAGAGGAGAUCCUGGACCGCUUGGACCAAAGGGAGACCCUGGAAGACCUGGCUUCAGCUACCCUGGACCAAGAGGACCAUCGGGUGAAAGAGGCGAGAAGGGCAAUCGUGGACCUCGCGGCAGCAGGGGGGACUGUGGUCAAAAGGGUGAAGGUGGAGAUUCAGGAACUCCAGGAGAGGCAGGUGACCCAGGGUCUCAGGGUGAACCUGGACUUAGAGGACCGAGAGGCGAGAUCGGGCGUGACGGAGAUCCUGGCCCAGAGGGAGAUCCCGGCCUCACUGAAUGUGAUGUCAUGAACUACAUCAGGGAAACAUGUGGCUGCUGUGACUGUGAGAAACGGUGCGGAGCCCUGGACAUUGUGUUUGUGAUUGACAGCUCAGAGUCAGUGGGUCUGACCAACUUCACGCUGGAGAAGAACUUUGUCAUCAAUACCAUCAACAGACUGGGAUCCCUUGCCAAAGACCCCCAGUCAGAGACAGGCACAAGGGUGGGAGUUGUUCAGUACAGUCACAGUGGAACCUUCCAGGCCAUCCAGCUCAACGACCCCAAGAUUGAUUCACUGUCUGCUUUCAAGGACGCAGUGAAGCGCUUGGAGUGGAUUGCUGGAGGAACGUGGACUCCAUCUGCUCUGAAGUUCGCCUACGACAAUCUGAUCAGGGACAGCCGCAGAGCCAAAGCCAACGUCACUGUGGUGGUCAUUACUGACGGACGCUUCGACCCCAGAGAUGAUGACACGCUGCUCACCUACCUCUGCAGUGCUCCCAAUGUUGAUGUGAGUGCCAUCGGUAUUGGAGACAUGUUUGACCAGAUUGAGGAGAAUGAGAGUCUGAAGAGUAUUGCCUGCCAGAAGGACGGCAGGGUGUUGGGCAUGAGGCGCUUUGCAGACCUGGUGGCCGAGGAGUUCAUCGACAAGAUUGAGACCGUGCUCUGCCCAGAUCCCAUUAUUGUGUGCCCUGACCUUCCUUGUAAAACAGGAGGGGGCAUCACCUCAGGGCAUGGCCCCAGGGAGCCACUGGCUGAGGAAGGCAACCCCUCAUUGGUCCCUACCUCUUUGGAGGGUGUGGCCAACCUGCUGAACAGCCUGAGCGUCAGCGAGCAGCAGUAUGGGGUUGGCGUGGCAACCAUGGCGUACACAGCCCAGAGAGCCAAACUCGCCCAGGGAGUGGAGAGGCAGCAGUGGACCCAGCUGUUCAUCGACUCCUUCAAACAUGUCUAUGGAGAAAUUAUUGGGGACCCAGAGAAAGCCCUAGGACUUUGCUAAUGCUAAUAUGCUAACCAUGCUACCUCGCCAUUAGAGUUUUUAUGGAUGCCAAUAUCUAAUGAGCUUACUGCUGGACAUAGAAUAGAUUUUAUCAAUACUGUGGGCAUUUUUUUUUUGAGGGUGCAAUACAUACCUGGGCUGAUGCAAAAGAAUUGCAUGAUAUGAAGCUGGUCCUGUCAUAAAUUUUUUGUAUAGUUACUGUAUGUGAUGGGCCAAAAGUCAAAACGAGGAUUCACGAUGCUCUCUCUACUCAUUGAUUAUUUCUGAAAUAACAUACACGGCGCUGUCUCUCAAAAAAUCUUUUUUUGUAAUAUGAUACAUAUCAUUUCUUCCACCUUAGUGGAGAACAUUUUCCAAUCGCACGGAAAGCAGACGUCAUCCAUUUGUUGGAUGCAGGUUCAUCUGUAGAGCCAUUCAUGCUGCUCCUGUGUACAGUGGCUCUUUGAUGAAGCCUCAUUUCCACUGUGAAUCACGGGCUUGCUGAAUCACUCUGAUGACUUUUUUUCUUCUUUUUUUUUUUGCUGUUUUGCACAUAUCCAUGGUUACGGCCUUUACUUUUUUUUCCUGUGCUCUGUGAAUGACUCAUGUUGAUGAAAAGGCCAUUACAUGUGGAAAAUAUCUAGUUUUCUAUAUAUGUCACAUUAUACUGUAUAUGAGUUAGAAGAUAGUGUAUGUGGAUGUUUGGUUAAUUGACUUGACACUGAGAAGAAGGAACUAUUAUGUUAUAGUCAUGUAAUUUAAAAUAGGGAGCUUUAUAGUGCCAAUAAUGGCCUUGAUUGGUGCAUGUUUUUUUGCAUGUGGCUUGGCUUGUAAAAUAGGAUGACCAGAGGAAAAUGACUACAGAGCGGCUUUAACCAAAUAAAAUGGUAUCAUGUUA